CGCCACAAGCCGCCGCUUUUCAUUUCCGGUAGCCAUAUUACUUCGUCCAUUUCUAUUCUGCGUUCUUUGGCUUUCUUUGAUAAUUGUAAGUAUAGAUAUAAAUCACAAUGAGUUACGGAAGGCCUCCGCCGCGCAUCGACGGCAUGGUGUCCCUCAAAGUGGACAACCUAACAUAUCGUACGACGCCCGAAGAUUUACGGCGAGUAUUUGAAAGAUGUGGCGACGUUGGCGAUAUUUAUAUUCCAAGAGAUCGAUAUACAAGAGAAAGCAGAGGAUUCGCGUUUGUCAGAUUUUAUGAUCGAAGAGAUGCUGAAGAAGCUUUGGAGUCUUUAGAUGGCCGUAUGCUGGACGGUAGGGAGCUCCGCGUACAGAUGGCUCGAUAUGGCCGCCCCUCAUCUCCCUACAGAAGCCGUUACGACAGACGUCGCAGCCACUCGCGUUCACGGUCUCGUUCACGUCGUCGAUCCAGGUCCCGUUCGCGAUCGAGGCGGCGCUCGUACACGCGCAGCCGGUCGCGCUCGCGAUCUCGCUCCCGCUCAGACUCGAAGAGUUCCCGCGGACGCUCCCGUAGCCGCAGUCGCUCCAGGUCCCGCUCCAGGCACUGAACUGUUGAGUUGAGAGUACCAGUUGUGAGCUGAAGUGUUGUGCCACAUGACUCGGCAGUCUUUGGCCCAGGUACUAUACUCAAACUCACUAGCCAUCUUCAUUUAUGACCACCACUAUGAAUACCAUAGUGGUAUUACAUUCAAUAUAAUUUUAAGUUCUCUAUUUAGAUUAACUAUGUAAGAAUUGUAUGUUUUAAAAUUGUUCCUUUUAAAUGUUUUUAUAUUCAUAAAAAGUGUAAUGUACUUGAGCUUGUCAAAGAAAAUACUAUCAGUUUGAUCACCUUUGUCUCUAAUGAUACUUUUAGUUGUAUAUUUUUUUUAUAUUUUAGUUAUUGUAUAGAAGCUACAUAAUAACAGUCAUUUUUGAUUCAUUAACAUUAUAUGUAAUUAAUUUUCUCAGUCUUGUGUAUAUGGAUAAUCAACAUGAACAAAGUGUUUGACCUCUAAUGGUCCUUAGAUAUUAUUUCAGGUUAAAAUUAAUUGUUGAGAAGAUCAUGUACAUCCCAAGGGCAUAUUGGGCUAAAUUGGGCAAUUAUAUGGCACUCCCUCGUCUGUGGUAACACACUUCAACAAAGAAGUUAUUACUUUUCUUUAUAUAGAUUUCUAGUGUUAUUAUAUUGUCAACUUGUUCACAUGUAGUAAGCCUUAUAAUUUUGUAUUUUAUUAUCUGAAGUACAUGUAUCAGAAUAAAUUUUGUAACUCCUAGUACUAAGUAUUAGUACUCAAAUAUAUUAUUAUAAAGAAGGGCAAUAAUUUAAUAUCGUUUUAAUAAUACGACUGUAAUUAUCAUUAAUCGCAAUGUUGGUAUGCUCAAGGUGUGGAGUACGCGGGGAGCGGUGCGGUUUGCGGGGGGGAGGGGGUUUGCUGAUUGCUGACAACUGCUGAAUUGCUGUUGUUGCCGUUCAUAAGUUAUGAGUAAACUUUUAUAUUAUAACAAAACGAGACACUCAUACGUCAUAAAAAUAGAGUCGCAUCGCCCAAUAUCAAUAGAGCAUCUAUAACAAAUAAGUCCAAUUGACGAAAUAUUGCAAUAGGAUAUUUGACUACUCAGACGUAAUUUUUCGUAGAACAGUAUUACAUAUUAAAAUGAUUAUUUGGGACAUUUAGUAUGAGUUGUUUAAAUAUAUGUAGGUGUCUCAUAAUAAUAUAAUAAAAUUCACAAAAAUAACCACUUUAGCUGUUCAAAGAAUAUGCUGAAAUACUCCCAAUUCCAACUACUAUAUAUAAAAAUAAUAUCUGUCAAUAAUGCGGUUGCAACCACCAUUCGACACGAUUAGGAAUUAAAAAACAUUAAAUAGUAAUAAAUGGCUUACUUUUAUAGAUCUAAUGUUCAAAUUGCAGAAAUUAAUAUAUUUAUUCAUUAUAAUUAAAACCCAAAAUAGUUUACUUAAACAUACAGUAGGUUUUACGUUUUCUUAGAAUAAUGUAACACAAAUAUUUUCAAUACAGUCAAAUAGCCUAUUUUUAUUUCCUCUUCCGUUAAUGCUGAUUUUUAAUUCCAUUAUUAUACAGUCGGUUUUGAAAUAUCUGUUUAGAGUACACUUUAAAUUUAAUAUAAAAAUAAGUUGUGACAAAGUGCAUAAGUGCAUCAAACAAUGAUUAGUAAAGUCGUAACAAUGAAACGUAGGUAGCAGCCGACGCGCAGACACCCAAACUAAUACAUUCGUUUGUUUGGCAGGCCGGUGCUGCUCGCUGGCCUGUUUGCUGUGGCAGUUUCCUGUGCUGAUUGCUGUGAUUUGCAGAUACACCUUUUUAUUCUUGUCACUAUUGACAUAACGCCUCUCUCCUGCCCUUCAACCAACCGAGAAAUAUAAG